AUGUCGCGCGCUCAAAAUGGAUGUCAGGGCGGUGGUCGUGGAACCAAGGAACCACUCCUCAUUGACGCGGUCAUUGGCAAGGUGGUUAAACGCAACCGUCGGAACCUCUCCGCCGCCUGGAUAGACUACAAAAAGGCAUUCGACUCAGUGCCUCAUACAUGGCUUAAGAGGGUCCUCGAGCUGUACAAGGUUGACUGUACAGUUCGAGACUUCCUCGGGCAGUGUAUGGGGCAAUGGAGUACGAUCCUUUGUCAUCUAGGUGAGCGGAUGACGGCUGCGGAGAACCACAUAAGGAUAAGAAGGGGUAUCUUCCAGUUUCCAGAUUGUUUGAGUCCAACCUGGUUCUGCCUCUCUCUGAACCCUCUCAGUACCUUACUGGAGGGCUCCGGGAGGGGAUUUCAGCUUCGGAGAGGAGGUACAAAAGUGACCCACCUUUUCUAUGUGGAUGAUCUCAAAUUAUUCGCCUCCAGUCGCUCUCAUCUUAUGGAAUUGCUAAACAUCACUUGUGAUUUUAGCAAUUCUAUUAGAAUGGAGCUGGGGACGGAUAAGUGUGCGAUCCUCCAUGUCGAAAGGGGAAGGGUUGCUAACUCUGCGGGCAUAGACUUAUCUAUGCCCAUCAGCAUAAGGACCCUUUCCGAGGCUGAAACAUACCGAUACCUGGGUAUGUCACAGAACAUCGGUGUAGAUGAGUCGGGUAUGAAACGGUCAGUUUGCGAUGUGUUUUAUGCACGCUUGACCAAAGUGCUUAAUAGCCUUUUGUCCGGUGUGAAUAAGACGCACGCAUAUAACGGUUGGAUCAUGCCUGUUCUCAUGUAUACCUUUGGCAUACUCAGGUGGACUCAGACCGAACUGAACGCUCUGGACAGAAAAGUCCGCACUAUAUAUAAUGACGUCCCACAGGAUGCAUCAUCCGAGAUCGUCAGUAAUGAGGCUGUACUUGCCGCGAAAGCAUGGUGGGCGCGGCUUUUUAAGCGCGCUUAUCAUGCAUAA